AUCGUCAAUACUUGCACCAUGCGACAAUAACCUCCUGAAACUCCUCUCGAUCUAUCGUCCCUGACCUGGAAUCCUCUUCUCAUCAUCGCCACAUAUCAAACAUCUUCACGCGACACUUUUACUAGGCUUCAGCUCAAUACCAGGCUUCAACUUCAACUCAACACCACGCUUCGAAUCACCCCUCCCCCUUCUCCUUCAUCAUGGCCGACAAAGACAAGGCCGCCAAGUACCGUACCGAGAUACAGCAGAUGAUGUUCGUCUCUGGCGAAACUGCGGAAGCUGCCCCUGAGACUACCACACUCAUCGAAGCAAUUGUACAACAACAAGUCGUGGAGAUGCUCACACGAGCCACCGCUCUGGCCGCCCGUCGUGGUGUUCGAUCCAUCAACACAGACGAUCUGAUCUUUCUCAUCCGCCACGAUCGCGCAAAGGUCUCCCGCCUACGUACCUUCCUCAGCUGGAAAGACGUACGCAAAUCUGCAAAGGACUCGGACGACAAAGGAGGCGGCGGUGGUGGAGGAGGUGACGACUUUGCAGACAUCGACGUUGGCCCCGCAAAUGACCCAACACUGGCUACCGCCGGUCCUUCGGUCGGGACCAGAAAUUCAAAAACGAAGAAAGCAAAAGUCGGUUUACCAUGGGAUGUAUCAAGCUUCUACCAAGAGCAGGUCCCGGAAAGAGAGGAUGAGGAGGACGAGGAUGAAGAGGAGAUGACAACCGCUACCAUGACGCGUCUCAAGAAUGCAGACGACCGUACGAAGAACAUGACACCCGAGGAAUAUCUACACUGGAGCGAAUGUCGCCAGGCUUCUUUCACAUUCCGCAAGGGCAAACGCUUCCGAGAAUGGGCUGGCUUCGGUGUCGUGACGGAUAGCAAGCCAAACGACGACAUUGUCGACAUCCUAGGCUUCUUGACCUUCGAAAUCGUCCAGACCCUGACAGAAGAGGCUCUGCGAGUCAAGAAUGCCGAAGACAUACAGAGAAGGGAAAGCGGCGGCGAUGAAGACCAGCAACGCAGGAAAAGAAUCCGCCGAGAACCUGGACUGUUCGAUCCACCCGAGGAGGCAAGGACCCCUGUCAAUACCAAGCACAUCACCGAGGCUUUCCGGCGGCUUCAGAGACCGGACUCCAAAAGUCGUUACAUGAGCCAUGUUCCUGCUGGGAUUCGGAGAACACCUCUAAAGCUGAUAUGAUUUCGCCCCUUCUAUGCCUUGUAGUACCCCAUGUCGACAGACCCCUGUAGACCCAAUACCCUUUACGAAUUUACAUCUAUAUAAUCAGCACCCUAUCUCACAUGGAUGGGGUGCAUGUUCCUUUUCACCAAUACAAGAAUUCCGACUGGACGCGUUAGUCCGACUUUCUAUACAAUCUACAAUACAUCCAAACCCUAGGCCGAAAUCUUGGCCGUACACCGACUCUGGCGUCACUAGCUUCUGGCUCGCAUGCAGAGAAGACUUGCUCGCUUGAAAGCGCUCGUGUC